AUGUGUUUCUUGACUAGUCUCAGGUACACGGGUCCUGAUUGUUCGAUAGCUCUUUGUCCUUUCGACUGCUGGGGUCAUGGUGUAUGUCUAGACGGAAAAUGUAUUUGCGAUCAAUCAUGGACUGGUUUUGAUUGCUCACUGCCAAACUGUCCUAAUGGCUGUUCUGGAAGAGGAAUUUGUCAGGUGACAACAUAUCACUUCCAUUGCAGCGGUCAUGGAGUGUGUCAACAAGGCCUUUGUAUCUGUGACAUAGGCUGGAGUGGGGAGGACUGUUCUAAUGCUGUUCAAUGUCCAGCCAAUUGCAUGAACCAUGGAGCUUGUAUCAACGGGACUUGCGCGUGCACUUUGGGAUGGACAGGCAUCGAUUGUUCUAGUGCCUGGAAUGAUCCUCUCUGCAAUUGUACAACUCCCACAAUGGUCACGAAUUCCAAAAGUAUUCCGUCGUCGACAUGUCCGUCAAAUUGUAGCGGACAUGGUCUUUGUAGUCAAGGGAAAUGCGUGUGUGACCCUGGUUUCUCUGGGCAAAGCUGUCAAUAUUUGACCGCUACGUCAUCUUCAGUUCAGUGUGUGAACAAUUGCUCAGGACAUGGUACUUGUUCACCAUUUGGAUGUGUUUGUGACAGUACGUGGUUCUUUGUAGAUUGUUCAAUGCAAGUCGUACCGCAGUCGAUUUGUAAAUGGAAUUGCUCCGGGCGGGGAAUCUGUUCAAAUGGAAUUUGCCAGUGUGAUCCGGGAUAUCACGGGGUCGGCUGCGAAUCCGCAUAUUCCAUCUCUUGGGUAUCAAAUUGUAUCAACAAUUGUUCAUCGCAUGGUGUUUGCACGAAUGGAACAUGUUUAUGUGAUCAAGGAUACAUGGGCGAUGACUGUCAUUCCAUAAUUCAAACAUGGCAUCCACUUAGAAUCUCAAAUAAUACGAUAUCACGUAUACCCCUCAUCCCUUCGUGCGAAUUUUUCGGGUGCUCAGGACAUGGAAGUUGUGCCAACGGUGUUUGCGUAUGUGAUCCCUACUACUAUGGUUGGCGUUGCGAAAAUUUCAUAACAAUGCCAUGCCCUAAUGAUUGCUCUCUGCAUGGAAAUUGUAUGAAUGGAACAUGUAUUUGUGAUUUGCACUGGGGUGGAAAGGAUUGUUCAAUUUUCGAAUCAUGUGAUCCUUUUUCUUCAACGCCGCCUUGUUCAGGCCGGGGAAAUUGCCUCAAUGGUACUUGCACUUGUAAUGAAGGCUGGAGAGGUUAUGAUUGCUCAAUCCCAACUUCAGACUGCUCUUUCAAACAAUGUCCUACCAGCGCAGCCUUUCUAGUGCCAUAUGAACCAUGUUCUGGUCAUGGAGCAUGUUUGCAGAAUGGAACUUGUGAAUGUUACACAAACUAUCGCGGACUAGAUUGCGCGAUCUUGUACGACUGCUCUGGAGCCGGCAAGAGGGUUUGUGGGAAAUGUAUCUGUGAUGAAGGAUUCAAGGGCAUUGAUUGUUCGAUUGAUAUGUGCAAAGACAGCAGAAUAAUGAAUCCAUUGUUUCCUGGGAUCUACUCCAAGUCGACAGUAUGCUCUGGUAAUGGCACAUGCACCACCAGCAAGGGCUGUGUCUGCAAU